UGGCGGAUCACGUGACAACCUGUGAGCAGACGUGAGUCUCGGGAUGCCUGCGCUCGGAGCACUCCGCUCCGUGCAGCGUGGAGGUUAUGUGACUGGCUGUCAUAGAGUUUUCUCUCCAUCCAUCAAUCAUAUCUCCUUACACAGGCAGUUAAACCUUCAACAAAGGAGAUGUUUCUUUUUCCGGAGACAAAGAAGCUUCGCCUAUAAUAUAGUUUGGCCAGGUACAGUUUCCCCGACUCUUCCAGUUCCCGAGCAUAUAAUGAAGCCAGACUAUGUGACGACAGGCAUUGUGCCUGACUGGGGAGACUUCAUUGAAAUUAAGGACGAAGAUCAGAUUCAAGGGCUUCGUCAGGCUUGUCAACUAGCCCGUCAUAUUUUACUCAUGGCUGGAAGAGUUUUAAAGGUUGGCCUGACAACUGAAGAAAUAGAUGCAUUUGUUCAUCAUAACAUUAUCGGUCGGAAUGCGUACCCAUCCCCAUUAGGCUACGGAGGAUUUCCUAAAUCUGUGUGUACUUCUGUGAACAAUGUGGUCUGCCAUGGAAUUCCAGAUAGCCGACCUCUUGAGGAUGGAGACAUUAUCAACAUAGACGUCACUGUAUAUGCUGGGGGAUAUCACGGGGACACCUCUGAAACCUUUCUGGUUGGAAACGUGGAUGAAAAUGGGCAGAAGCUAGUGAGGACCGCCAGGAGAUGCCGAGAUGAAGCAAUAGCAGCCUGCAAGCCAGGAGCUCCCUUCUCUGUAAUCGGAAACACAAUCAGCCAGAUUGCCGAAGAGAACAAUUUCACAGUCUGUCCUCAGUUUAUUGGUCACGGAAUUGGUUCUUACUUUCAUGGGCAUCCUGAAAUUUGGCAUCAUGCAAAUGUUAAUGACAUGGAAAUGGAAGAAGGAAUGGCAUUUACUAUAGAACCUAUUAUUAUGGAAGGGGCUCCUGACUUUAAGAUCCUCAAGGACAAAUGGACGGCGGUGUCAGUGGAUAAGAAAAGAUCAGCCCAGUUUGAGCACACAAUUGUCAUCGCUUCCAAAGGGGCUGAAAUCUUGACGAAACUGGACGAAGAAUUGGACUGAGCUUGUCGCAGGAUGGAUGCAUAUGUCAUAUGUCAAAUAAAGAAAAAAAUGACUAACAUUGUGUCUGAUAGAAUUCA